CCUCUAUGAAAAGUCCAGAACCUUACUUCGUAGCGGUUCGUACCGGAGCCCUGAACAUUUCACGGGUGUCUCUCGUCUAAGACGGGCUACACUAGAGAUAGAAGACAGGCCGUUUAGAGUUGGGAUAAGACCGUACUGUGUGCGUUGCUGAAGUGCAUUAGACGACUUCUACACAACAGUCAUGCUGUGGAAAGUGUUGCUGAUCAGCCUCGUGGUAACCGCCACCAUUCACAGAACUGACGCAGUUGAGGAUCCUUGCGAACAGCCCAAAGAUGUUGGACCGUGUGAUGGUGUAUUUCCACGCUGGUUCUAUAACAGUCUGACAGGGGAGUGUGAACCUUUCGACUAUGGAGGCUGCGAUGGUAACAGCAACAACUUUCAAACUCAGGAGGAGUGUGAAGACACUUGUGUUGACCCCUGUCUGCAGCCUAAGAAGGUUGGACCCUGUGAGGCUCUCAUCCCACGGUGGUUCUACAACAGCCAGACUGGCCAGUGUGAGCAGUUCAACUGGGGAGGCUGCGAUCCUAACGACAACAACUUUGCAACUCUCAAGGAGUGUAGGAAGACCUGUGGACGUAAGAACAAGAAUUGAAGACAGUGAUCCAGACUUGAAAGCCACCUGUUCAAGUAAACCACUGCUGAUGAGUAAUACAGUACUAUUAAUCUACAUGUAGAUGCUUAGACCAGCUAAAGUCCAGCUAUUGUACAUGUUAAUCAUACAGAAUAAAACAUGACAGUACAAUGGCGAUGUGGAAAUGGGAACUAAAGAAAUGUAGUAAACACAGCAAAAUGUCAGUAGAAAAUUUACCUAAAUUCGUAGAAAUGUAUGUAUUAACAGUUACCAUAUCUGCACAGUUGACAUGAAGUAGAGAACAGUCAUUAGAAAUAUAAACUAGAUAAAAAUAUGAUAUAUAUAUAUAUAGGUGAGUUGUUUGAGUUGUGUGAUUCGCUGAUCAUGCUAACAUAAAUGAAUAUAAAAGAUGCAAAAUAACUAGAAAAGAAAGGAGAUAGCCUUAUUUGAUAAUGAAGUAUAAUAUAUCAAUUGAUAAAGCUAAACUAUACAAAUAACAAUGUCAAUAUUUAAGAUGCGAUAAGAGCAGGAUUAAAGGUCUUUAAUGUGGAAAUGAUAGUGAUAUAAAUCAUGUUAACAUGUAUGACAUAUAGGGUAUUUCUUUAAGAUGCUAUUAAUAAAUACCUUAAGCAACUUAGUACAGUAGACAUUACACUGUAAGCAAACUCUCUUUUCGAGGUUGGUAAGGAGUUUAUUAAUAUUUUUCCUUUCCUCUCUAUUCAUACUAAUAUUCACACAUUAUUAUCAAGUUCUUGACAGGUAAGCAGAUUAGUAUUACAAGUUUACUAUCUAACAGAUACAAGUACUACAUGUGCAUUGAGACAUCGAGUCUAGAACUAAGUAAACUUAACAAAUGAUCCGAAAAAAGUUCUUGAAGCUACAUGGUUACUACAUGUGAUUACUACAUCUAUAUGCUCUGUUUUUUGCUUUUGAAUAAUUGCUAUCGAGAUGGUCCAAUCGCAAACGUUUAAUACCCCAACAGUACAAACAGUGUAUGUUCUACACAUGCUGUCUUUGCUUUUUGCUUUUGUCCAUUUAAGAACUGUUUGCAAAAUUAUUAAAGACACAUAUAUCCACAAAAUAUGUAUUUGUUAUGUAACCAAGAAACGAUAAAAUAAAUAGUGAAAAUCAAUGCUUUUCACGAUCU